UGCAGCACUACCUACUCAUAAAUCAGAGACGGCAGCCAAUAGGGACGCGCGUAUGCUAAUCACUUUUUGGUAAAACUCUCCGUAUGUCCAGAAGUUAGUUAGAAUCUGAAGUGCGCGACUGGGAAAGAGCGUCUUGAAGUUCGGAGAUGUUAAACGACACUUAAAACUUCGUCCAAGAUUUUCUGUGUCUUCAGCUUCUGGAAGUUUUGUAUCGAGUGCCAUUCAAUUUCCAGUACCAGAGGAUAGAAAGAAAAACCACACUACUACUACUAGCCUCCUACUACUACUGCUGCUGCUACUACUACUACUACUUCUACUACAACUAGCAUUCUAUCUUCAAGCACCCGUACUGGAAUCAUCAAGAAAUAAAGAAAAACACCGCUUCGCUUUUACAUACUUGCAUUACCUAAAGCCGCUUCGCCAUGUCCUCCGGUGAUGAGUCGGAGCAGAGUCGGCGCCACUGUGUGUUGUCUUGGGAUCAGGUGCAGCGUUUGGACUCCAUCCUCGGAGAGAGCGUGCCUAUUCACGGACGCAGGAACUUCCCUACGCUCUCCGUCCAACCCCGCCAAAUCGUCCAGGUGGUCCGGGCCCGGCUGGAGCAGCAGGGUGUGACGGUCCGUGAUGUGAAGCUCAACGGCUCGGCCGCCAGCCACGUGCUGCACCAGGACAACGGUCUGGGCUACAAGGACCUGGACCUGAUCUUCGGCCUGAACCGCACCGACCACAAGACCUUCCAGCUGGUGAAGGACGUGGUGCUGGGCUGCCUGGUGGACUUCCUGCCCGAGGGCGUGUGCCGCGAGCGCAUCUCCCCCAUGGCCCUGAAGGACGCGUACGUCCAGAAGCUGGUGAAGGUGUGCAACGACACCGACCGCUGGAGCCUCAUCUCGCUCUCCAACAACACGGGCAAGAACGUGGAGCUCAAGUUCGUGGACACCCUGCGCCGGCAGUUUGAGUUCAGCGUGGACUCGUUCCAGAUCAACCUGGACUCCCUGCUGCUGUUCGACCGCUGCUCGGAGACGCCCAUGUCCGAGGCGUUCCACCCCACCGUGCAGGGCGAGAGCAUGUACGGCGACGUGGAGGAGGCCCUGGGCCACCUGCGCACCAAGACCAUCGCCACGCGCUCCCCCGAGGAGAUCCGCGGCGGCGGCCUGCUCAAGUACUGCCACCUGCUGGCGCGGGGCUUCCGGCCGGCCUCGGAGUCGCACAUGAAGCAGAUGCAGCGCUACAUGUGCUCGCGCUUCUUCAUCGACUUCCCCGACAUCGGCGAGCAGCACCGCAAGCUGGAGGCCUACCUGCAGAACCACUUUGCGGGCAUGGAGCACAAGCGCUACGAGUGCCUGGUGACGUUGUACCGCGUGGUGGACGAGAGCACCGUGUGCCUGAUGGGCCACGAGCGGCGCCAGACGCUGGCCCUCAUCUCGGCCCUGGCGCUGCGGGCCAUGGCGGAGCAGAACGCCAUCCCCGCCCUGGCCAACAUCACCUGCUACUACCAGCCGGCGCCGUACGUGCGCGACGUCAACUUCAGCAACUACUACGUGGCGCAGGUGCAGUCGCCCGUGGGGGCGUGCAGUAGCGCCGCCUAUCAGACAUGGCUGCCCUGCAGCUGAGGCCGGGCUGUGACGUGAGGACAAUCGCUGGUGGGGUUGGUUAUGGCUGUUGUUGUUUUGGGGGUUCUUGACGUUGACUUUUCAUUGAUUUUGAGCAGAGUUGUUAUUAUUUACGGUGCUCGGUACGUAUGUAGCAAAAAAAACUAAUUUCUUGUCCUGUUUUGGUUAUUUUUGCCUUUUACUCUGACACUAUUCCACUAAGUUAUAUAAUUUUUUUUUUCCUAUGGCGGUUUCAUAUCAACUUGUUGAUGUUAAGUAAGACAAAAUGAAGCAUUGAUAUGUGAGGAAGGAAAGUUUUGUUCUAUCUCUCUUCUAGUGGAAGCUUAUGGCAAAGUAAAUAACUGGUUUAAAGCGGAAUGCUGCAUUCUGCAAUCUGUGGUUUCAACUGACCCGAACGUCACCAAAGUACCAAAGAAAUACAACUCAUUGUGUGUUAAACAAUGACGUGUUAUUCCAAGUGCCUGAAAAUGACUUAGUAGAUGCAGUGUAAGACAAUUUUUUUUUUAUCUUUUUGUUUUGUAUUCAGGUUACUGUAAAUUGAUAUACUUGGUCAGGGUACUUUGUUUGGAAAUUAUUAAAAAAAAUAAAAA